GCAGUGGAAGCUGGCGAGAGACGAAAGAUUCUUCCGUACUCCUUGCGAACGAAUAUAGCGUAAAAACAGAAAGUUACAUUAUUUAUCUUAAGCAGUAUGCCGCGUUGCUUGAUAAAGUCAAUGGCGCGAUACCACAGGACGGACCGUUCGAACGAAGAGUCCGAAUUCCCGUGGCUGCCGCCGUCCGCGAAUCUCAAGCGAAAGAACCAUGCGAAAGACACGUCGUCGAAGACGAGCAAUAUCUGGACCUGCUCCGGGCUUCCCAUCGUAACCCGUUACAGCUUUCAUAAGACCAACGGUGCGUCACUCGACGCCGAGUUAAAUUCAGCCGGACGAAACUUCGGAAGUGUACCCCACCAGGAUGUUCAUCUGUCGAUCGACGGGCGCGUGAUCGAUAACGCGGGGAAGGUGUCGGCGAUAUUGCUCGACGGCGUGCCACGAGCGUUUUGCUCCAAGGCGGAGGGAUCGGCGGGUCCGGCGGCGCAGACCUUGCAGGACGCGGGAAAAAUCGCCGGCGCGAUAAAUCCCAGUCCCGUCGUGAUCGACGGCUGCGAGACGCAGACGCUCUCGCAGGCCCUGUAUUUGCUGCCGAAGCAAAUCCCGCCGAAGCAAGAGGCGGCGAGCGUCGUCGCCGAGGGUAAGACAGCGCCCGCUCGGGAGGGCGCACAGCACUGGAAGAGAAAUAAAACGAUGCACUACUGCCCGUAUUGUCGCAAGAGCUUCGACCGGCCGUGGGUGCUGAAGGGCCAUUUGCGCCUGCACACGGGCGAGCGGCCCUUCGAGUGUCCGGUUUGCCACAAGUCCUUCGCCGAUCGCUCGAAUCUUCGCGCACAUCAGAGGACACGUAAUCAUCAUCAGUGGCAGUGGCGCUGCGGCGUGUGCUUUAAAGCCUUCUCGCAAAGGCGCUAUUUGGAGCGCCACUGUCCGGAGGCCUGCCGCAAGUAUCGCAUAUCCCAGAAGAAGGAGCUCCCUUGUCCGUGAAUGCGUGUCGGGGGAGACACGGCGAGGAGUACCGGCGGCUGUCAAAGUCGCGCGUUCUCAACACGACGUGUAAUGCAUUUGUAAAUGAAUGUAAAGUCGAUAUAUUACGUUACAUUAAUUCUGACGCGAGCGACAUGUGUGUUACAUGAUCAAACUCUACGCCGUACUUUAUGUUCAUCAAUAAAAUUUCGAUUCUUUUGUCAACA